CUUCGACUCUUGACAGUUUGCUCGAAGUAUUUUUAUGGAUUCAAAUAUUUUUCUAAACUUUUUUUACAAAAAUAGAAAUUUUAGAAUUUCGUACCUUUAGUUUUUUUUUUUUUUUUUUUUUUCAAUAAAAAUUAACAAUUUCAGAGUAUACGCGGCAUUUGUUAUAAACUAAUGUAUAUGUUUUUAUAAAUCAAACUUUUUUUUGCAAAAUAUUUAUUUUAAUAAUUUUUAUUUAUUAUUUACAAUUAUUAUUUAUAAAACAUGAAUUAUUAUUAUUCUCAUAUUCCUAAUAUGUUAUGGCCAAUUAUGACUAAAUUUUGUACAGUUAAAAUAUUAUGGAUAUUUUUAUUUGUCGUUGUGACAACGACAGCCUUUCUCAUGGUUAUGUAUAAAGGCCAGCGAGGUGAAUUAAAAAAACAUAUUCUUGGACAAAAAUCGGCAGGCACUGACAUUGAAGUUCACAAAAGCGUUGAGAAAAAAUUAAAAACAUUCGCUGAAAAUUUAUCAGAAAAAGAAGACAUUAUAAAUAAAUCUCGUAAUGAUAUAAAGUGCGCUGAGGAAAUAUUAAAUUUUAUCGAAUCAAAAAAAAUAACAUCAGUAGCUUGUUACAAAAAUUUAUUGGGCGACUUAAAAAAUGAUUUACAAAAAAUUGAAAGCGAGGUAAAAGAAUUACAAAAUGAAAUAACGGAGUUAUCGAAACAUCGAGAUAAUUUAAAACAUGAUGUGUUGCAACAGCAGGAAGAGUAUAGAAAAUUAAUUUUCGUCGAAGAAUUAGAGCACAAAAUAUAAUAAGUAAAUGCGAGUAUAAAUAUUUGGUAAAAUAAAAUAAUUGUUUCAUUAAAAAUUAAUAAUUAUUUUCAAAUUGAA